AUGAAUCAGUCCCCAUCCACUGAACCUGUGAGGAACUUGGAAGGCUCAUGGAAGCCUUGCAUCCGUCAGAAUUCAGUGUACUUCCUCAAGGUCCCGAAGUGCGCGUCCACGACUAGCUUACAGAUCUUCGUUGCAUAUGGAGUCAAACACGGCCUGACCUUCGCUCUGCCCGCCAGCAUUGCAAUGAUACCUAUAUCCCCAAAGAUUUUGCCGCCAGAGUACCAUGGGUCCCCCGACGGUCGCUACAACAUGGUAGUGUCCCACACACAGUUCAGUAAAGCGGGAGCACAGCAGGUGAUGAAAGAAUCGGCCAAAUAUGUCGCAACUGUACGGGAACCAGCAGCCCGCUUUGAGUCUAUGUGGUAUUACAGACAAUAUGAUAAGAUACUGGGCAUCACUCUUAGUGCUUUCAUCAAUGCAUCGCAGCGUACACCGAAGCAAAAUGCUAAACUGAACAUGAUUGCGAAUUAUUUUGGAGUCAAAGAUCCCCGCGAUGACGUACCAGAAGGUGAAGUACUUAGCAAGGCGAAAUGGCUGAAUGACAGCUUCGACCUGGUGAUGGUUGCCGAGAGGUUCGACGAGUCGCUGGUCCUUCUGAAGCACCUCAUGUGCUGGAACACCGAGGACGUCGCUUACGUUCAGGCCAGGGUUCGGAGGCCCAUGUACAGGGCCGAGCUCUCGGAGGCGCAGAAGGACAGGCUUCGGCAGCUGAACAGGCAGGAUGUUCUUCUGUACAAGUUCUUCACGGAAAUCUUCGAGGAGAAAGUCAAGGCCUUCGGCGAGGAAAGGAUGCAGAGGGAAGUCGAGGAACUUCGCCAAGCGAGCGCUCGACUCAUCGACGACUGUGGAGCUAAGCUCACUGGGUCAAGGAGGACUGAGAAGACAUGGAAAGUAACGAACGAUUCCAGUAUUUGCAGAAUGAUUACACUGGAUGGAGCUGCUAUCCAAGAGCAACUGAAGAAAAGGCAAAAGAAAUGGGUAUCGAGCAACUUGACUUACGACCUAUCAACGUGGACCUUUUCCCAAGUGAAAAAUGGAGUCCGGAAAAUUUAA